CAAAACCCAAAACCCCCACUCUUCUUCUGAGUAACCAAUUUUCUAGCAAUGGCAGAAGUCUAAAGCUCCAAAACCUUAACUUCUCCGACCUCCAAAAACAAUGUCGAUUACACUCUCAGCUCUCUCAUCUUCAAUCCCAUCUCUCAAUAAAUUCCAUAAAAUCUCCUCCUCACAUUUUCCUUUAAAUGCUUGCCCUCGUAAUCAGAAUAUAGCGUUUCCCUUAUCUAUAAACAGAAUUAAACCUUUCAAACUCGAAUUGACCCAAAAAAGAUAUUCUGGGUUUUUUGGUAGUAAUUGUGGAUUUUCGUUAAUUAGGAAAAAUGAGUUUAUUGUGAAAGCUGAGAAUGGAAAAAGUGUUGAUAAAGCUGAAAAUGAGGCUAGGGGAGAGAGCACAAUGCCGGAUAGAUUCAGGUAUUUGACCAAAGAAGCUCCUGAUAAUCCUGUUAGAUGGCCUUGGUUCAUAGCAUUGGCCUUUCUUCUAUAUGCCUGGAGAACUGUCUUGUGGGAACUGUCUAAUUGGAAAAAGGCUGCGGGUGCUGUCUUCCGAUCUCUAGUUUACAUCCCGAAACUUGUGUUGGCCUUUAUAUACUACUUCGUAGGGGAUCAGAUCACAGCUGUAAUUAGAUUUAUUGAAUCAACAAUUUACUCCAUUCGAGCUUUCUACUCUGGUGUAGUUGCAUAUGCACCACUUCAAGAGCUGACAACGAUCAUAAUUUUGGCAUCUUGUGUACUUGCCAUUGCUGAAGCUGCAGUUCCAGAUUCUGUGAACAGCCAACCAUACCUUCUUACAGCAGCUGGUAUAAUGGGAUUCGCUGCUGUGAGAGGUUAUAUCUCUGAGCUGUUCUUUUGGUUUCUACUUGUGGGCUUGUUUGUCUUUGCUCGAUUUAUCAGAAAAAGAGACUAUGUGUCUUCCGCAUUGCCUGCUGCAGCUGUAUUAGCUGCUGUCGGAGAGCCUUGGAUUAGAAUGAUAGUAAUGGUUUCUUAUGCUGCUUUGGCCGUUCUGCAACAUUAUAAGAUGCCUUUGAAUAAAAGUGAAGGUGAAACUACCGGUGCAGUUAGGAAGGUCCCGUUGCCUCUGAUAUGUGCUGCAUUGGCCAUUGGUGUUCGACUUGCUGCAAAAUGGGCUGGUUAUCGGCAUUUGACUUGGAUGAUUGUUUGAUAUGCAACAAGAGGAUACUUAGUUGUUAGUUUCUACAGUGACAACAUGUUUUCUCACUUGGCAAAAUUGUCGCUUGUUUCACUUUUUUGCCUGUCCAAUUCUUUUUGUACUUCUUGUCUUUUACAAAGCUUAUUUUUCUUUCAAAUUUCUGAAUGCACUGGAGUUGUGGUCUUAGCCGAUGGCCUACCGGAAACAUUCUCUCUAUUUUCUCAA